AUGUCGAAGCAAAGAAUCCAGUACGCAAAGGUUACAAGAAACAAUACAAAAGCUCAUGCCGAAAGACCAUCCCUGAGCUACAAGGAGGCUAUAUCUUUAAACAGUAAUGCAGAAGAGAAAGAAAAAUUCAUUGCUGCUUAUGAGAAAGAGGUAAACCAACUUCUAAAAAUGUCCACCUGGGAUAAAGACCACGUUAUCGGAGCCGACAGUGUAACUAAAAGCAGGAUAGUGAAUUCCAUGUUCAUAUUCACUACCAAGCGAGACGGUUCAAAAAAAUGUUGCGUUGUAGCCAGAGGUGAUCAACAAAAACCAGAAACAUAUCUGGAGAACCUGCAGGCAAACACAGUGCACAACUAUGCUCUAAUGACCUGCAUGGAGAUAGCCUUGGACAUCGACAUGACCAUCACCCAGCUGGACAUAUCAUCUGCAUACCUGUAUGCAGAUCUAGAGGGGGAGUUAUAUAUUCGAGCUCCACCUCAUAUGAACAUGAAAAAAAAGGUGCUAAGACUCCGCAAAUCCCUAUAUGGAUUAAAGCAAAGUGGAGCAAAUUGGUGCAAAACUAUAAAGGAAUAUCUGUUAAACAACGCAGAUGUCCAUGAAGUCAAAGGCUGGCCAUGUGUAUUCCUAGGAGAAGGUAUAAUCAUAUGCCUAUUCGUGGAUGACAUGGUGGUCUUGACGAAAACGCCCACUAGGGCAAAAGAACUUAUAAACACCUUAAGAAAAUCCUAUGAAACUAAAGUGGUUAACACAGGAACCCCAGCUGAAGACGGGAGAGUACAGUUAUGA